AUGGCUAACUUCCAAUUCCGCCCAUUUUUCUCCAAUUUCUUCUCCAUUUUUAUCCUCCUCUUCCUCCACCUAGGCUGCUUCAUCUCCUCCUCCUCCUCCCACCACCACCAAAACAGCCGGAAAAGGAAGCUCUCUCCUGAUCACCACCAGCUCAGCCACCGUAGAUUCAAACCACCAAAAGCUUUGUCCUCUUCCUGGUCUUUCAUCAAACGCAUCUUCUCCUCCUCCUCUAACACCAUUUCCUCCCCAAUCUACGUGCAUAAAGCUCCUUCAAUCCCAUCCCCAUCCUCCUCCACACGUUCCUUACGAUUAAAUCAACCCAUUAUCGUACCCUAUACACCCCCAGAAACUCGAGUGUCAGACUCUCCACUCAUUUCGGACCGACCCGAAUCCGAUAUCUCCUCCGAUCAACACUUCUUCCCUCUGCGAAACAACAUCUACCCAUGUCCCAUUUGCGGUGAAAUCUUCCAAAAAUCAAGUAUUCUCGAACAGCACCAGUCAACAAAACAUGCAGUAUCGGAGCUCAUCGAUGGUGAUACGGGCAAGAACAUUGUUCGAAUCAUAUUCAAAACGGGUUGGCCUGAUAAGGCGAAGGAACCCAUUAUCCUUCGGAUCCUUAAGAUUCAUAACAGUCCCAAAAUACUAGCCAGGUUCGAGGAGUACAGAGAGUCCGUGAAGUCGAAGGCGGCCAAAAAUGGAGCCGUAAAGAGCAGGGAUGAGAGGUGUAUAGCUGAUGGCAAUGAACUGCUGAGAUUCUACUGUGGGACUUACACGUGCGACCUUGGGCAAAAUGGUAAUUCCACUUUAUGCAAUCAGUUGUACUGCGGCGUUUGCGGGAUUAUACAGAGUGGAUUCUCACCCAAGUUGGACGGAAUUUCCACGGUACUUACGAGUUGGAGGGCUCACGUGGCAGUCCCGGAGGAGAUGGAACAAGAGUUCGAGUUCAUGCACAUGAAACGCGCCAUGUUGGUCUGUCGAGUCAUAGCGGGUCGGGUUGGGUCCGAUCCCGUCUUGUUUGAUAAGGACGAUCCAGGAUUCGAUUCCUUGGUGGGUCGAGGAACUGGGUUUUCCCCAAGAUUGGACGACGAGGAUGAGCUGUUGGUAUUUAAUCCGAGGGCGGUGCUUCCUUGCUUUGUGAUAGAGUACACUGUGUAA